GCUACCCCGAGUCCCAGAAGUCAGUCUUCUAAAAGCGUUGUGUUUUACCAUACCUCGACGUUUUUAUCUGUUAGUGCAAGUGAUAAGCUAUAGCUAUUUCAUGUUGAGAUUAAAGGUUAUAUGCAAAUAUCAGACCCAGACCGAUCCGCAAUUAAGCUAGCCAUUGACAUCAAUAAUCCUUUCCUGAACUUUAUUUACGACUUCAUUCGAUAAACGGUCGUCGUGUUGUGCGCUCGCCUUGAUAAGUCGGUGUGAAUGUGUUUACGGUAGCGAUAAUAUGGAGAGUGGUGUGCACGCGACGGUGCCGUUGCGUGGCGGGAAGAAAAUGAGGAAAAGGCGAGAGCUGGAUGCGUUAGUGGGCGGUGUGGGUUCAAGGGGUGGGCGGUUGUUAUCAGCGUCCAGCGAUGAAGGAGAACCCUGGGGUAGAAGGACAUCCCGUACACGAAGAUCGCGACCUUUUGUUCGCUUAGCAGCUGCAUUAGCACUGUGUGUGUGUGUCGUAUCAGCUGCUACAGUUCUAUGGCUGUUUGUAGAUGUUCGGAAGCAGAUUGUGUCGCUGAGAGUGGAAAUGGACAGAGUAUCAACGAUAGGCGGUAAUGUGAACGAUGACUUACAACUCUGUCACACAAGCUUCAAGGAGCUGAAGAAAAACGCGAGUGCCUUGCAAGAGAGACUCGAAAAGCUGGAGACGGCGCAUCAGGCGCUGAUAUUACAAAUGAAUAAGACAUCAAGUGAACUCAUGUCUGUGUCGGAACAGCUGUCGGCGGCGCCGAAGCUGGUCGAUACUCCCCGGAGGAUAGCAGAGUUGCAGAGAACUGUCGCUGACUUUGGUUCACAGAUCAAGGGAUUCGACAGCUCAAUAUCAUCAGCUCAUAAGCAGGCUCUUACAGCAACCUCAGGUGUUGAGGAGCUGAAGAGCUACUUAGUACACCUGGACGAGAGAACCAACGAUACGAUAGCUAACGUGUCGGAAAACGUCAAAUUGGACGAAAGCCUUAAAGAACAGAUCGCUGUCUUGAAUACAACGCUUAUGAGUCGAUUGGAUGGAUUGCAAAGCGUAAUUGAAGAAAUUAAUAGGCCAAAAGAGGUUUCAGUUAUUCCAACGGCCCCACCGAGUGCUGUACCCGGUCUUACAUCUACCACAACGAUAGCGGGCCCUGUGAAACCCAGAGUUCUGGAAAUGAACGAGCCGGCGUCGAGUUAAGUAAUUGCUCAGUUGUCACAAGUACAGUUGCGUCCACGCUACAUACGAGAUAUUUUUGUAUAUUGGUGAAGCGGAAAUGUUUGGGCUCAAAGGUCAAAAAUAUUGUUAAAAUUUAAAAUUAAAUUGGGUUUGUCUCUAUGUCAAAUUGUAAUGAGAGACCAGUGCUUUAGUUAGAAGUUAUUUUUUUAUAAAGGGUAUUUGUAAACGUAUUACCACAAAUGGUUUGUUGUCCCGUUUAUUUACGUUAAGAGUGAUGAGGACGGAACAUUUGAAAGCUAUUUGAUGCUAUAUACGCUAAUAAAUAUAAAAUUUGAUUGCAUGGAGUGAAAUUACAUUUGAUACAUUGAUGAUGAUACAUGAAAUACAUUAAAUAUACAUUUGAAUGUGUAAAAACAGGACCGGUAUUCCGUAACUCCCAAUCGCGAUUUUGAUAGAAUUAUAUCAGAACGAAACUGCAUACAAGUUACAGAGUACCAGCGAUAAACUUGGAACUGGGAUCUUCAUCAGACCCGUCCAAAAACAUGUUUAUUGACAGCGUAUUCGAAAAAUUAAUGUAUAGAAAACGUAGUUACGAAAGGUUUUUGUUUAUAGGAACCGGAAAUCCAGUGAGAUGUAACCUUAAAUUUCCUAGUUCCUAAUGUUCCAGCGAAAUUUGUAUGCCAUUUAUUUUUUUAUAUCCAUCGAAUAUUGUUAAAUAUGCGUUAGAAUUGUGUUGAUCGUAUUUUCCUCAAACAUAAUCUAAGAAAAAAGAUUCAAGCCCAACCACAGACGUCUGUUGAUGAGAUGAAUAACUCUUUAACUACUGAACACUACUGAUAUCCCGUCCGUAUAUCCAGAAUAUAGCGUAGACGCUUGUUUCACGUAUAACAUAACAAAAACUGUCGCGUACUACUUCUAGUCUGAAAAUAUUUAAGUUAACCCCAUUUAUUAUUAUUUUUUUAAGUUAUUUACUUGCCUUACAAUAAAAAAAAACUUUUCUACAUUUUGGACGUUUCUUAAUAAAAAUACCGUCUGUUAUUCGUUCUAUAGACUCGACAUGUCACGUUGCAAAUGUGUCAAAAUGGACUUAACUUAUUGAGGAUAUACAUUCCCUUAAAGAAGGAAACAUAUAAUAUUGAAUCUAUAAAAAUUUCUAAAAUAUUUUUCCUUUUAUCCUGUGAGGCCCUUACGUAUUCGUUUAUGUACGUAAGGAACGCACACAAACGAACGUACGUGAUAUUAUUUGUAAUUAUAUGAUUGCUGUCAUAUGGUCAAAGUGUUGGUAAUUAUAAUGAUUUGGCAAAUUCAUUAAAUAAAUUGAUGGUUUUAAUUGAAUAAAAAUGUAUUAAAGGACGAAAAAUAUUCAUUAUCCAGCCAACGAAAUAGAUCUCAACACGUAAUAUUAAAGAAAAAGCGAUUCUUCUAAGAUAUAUUACUUGAAUUAAAAUAUUGACUUAAUUUCUUUGAUUUAAGGUGCAUUUCAAAAUGAUGAAAAUACUUCGAUUUCAACAAAGACCAUAAGAUAUUAAUGUCUGUUUAAUCAAUUUAUGAUUGAAGAUUCAAAGUCGAGGCGCUAAGGGUGAGAUUCAGACACGAGACUUAAGAAAUAAGUUUUUGACAAACGAAAGUCACACUUAGCGCUUACUAAGUUCCAAACUUUGAAACAAGGAAAACAACUCGCUAUUAUGUGUCUAGAGUCUGGCUAAUGAAAGAAGAUAACAAAAAAACGCGGCAAAAU